AUGUCAGCAUGUUCAGAUACGUUAUGUGCACCACCACAUUUACCACCAGAUUCACCUGGUUCAUCAGUCUCAUCUGGAUUCAAGAACGAAUAUAAUGAUAUUUUACGUCGUGCCGUAUUAAUACCACCUUCUUAUCCUCAUGAUUUGAUGAAUAUGGACGAAAUUUCGUCUAUUCCAAAUGAUCGACGAACACCCAUAUGGAAAAGUCAAAAAUCCAAUAUUAAUUCAAUCCAUUUCAAUCGUCCAACACAAUACCAUCAUAAAUCUGAAAAUAGUAAAACGACCACAUCUGCUAUUUCCAACGCAAAACCACAGCAGCAGCAACAUAAAGAAAACGCUGAAAAUAAUCCUACUGCAGGACGUAACGAUAAUAUUGAACAUCAUCCUCUGAAAUAUUCAGAGUUAAUUACAACGAAUAUGGAAACAAAACCGUUCACAGAAAAUAUGGAUCAUUGGUACCUUGACCUUAAAAAUAAGUUAAUGAAUAAUGUGGAAAAGUUACGUUUACAAUUUUUGGAAGAAGCGCAACAGACAACACUUCGUGAAAAACAAAAACAAGCGAAAGAAUAUAUACGUUUAGAUCAAGAUAUUAAGCUAAUGAAAGAUAUGUUAACAAAAUAUGAGUUAACAGUUGAACAAAAAGAAGAAGCUGAAAAAAAUUUGAAUAAUUCUCUCAGUUUACUUUGUUCAAAAACAUUGCUCUAUCGUCGAUAUUAUGAAUGGCGUACAGCGUAUGGAAAUAAACGCCGUCAAAUAUUCACAGAACAAUUGGCUAAAGAUUAUUAUGAACAAAAAUUAAAACGUCAAAUAAUGUCCGAAUGGAAAAAAAUGAUUGGACAACAAUGGAAACAACAGUUUGAAGUGGCAUGUGAAAAAAAAGCAAAAGAUGUUUGUUUAGAAAUAGGUAAUGAUUAUGGAUUAAAAUAUACACAAUUAGAAUUACAAUUAAAACAAGCAAAUGAAGAAAUAGCUCGUUUAAAGCAAGAUCGAAAUAUUCAAGAUGAACCAACGAAACAAGCGUUUAUGAGAGGUGUUUGUGCACUAAAUUUAGAAGCCAUGAGUGUACUUUUGAAAAAUACUUCCGACGAAGGACAACAACAUCAAGAUGUUAACAAUAGUACAAUAGAUCAAACAAAACGAACAACAUCGAAUGAGUUAUUGGUGAAUAAUUGUACUGUUAGACAAUAUUCAUCCGAUGAACAUCCAUCUACAUCAACCACAACAGAUGAACGAUAUACAAGUUUAAAUAGUAGCCAGGAGAGACCAUAUCAUUCAUUCCCCACACAUGUUUAUAAAGAAUACUUGCCAAGUACAACUUACAGAACACUUAAACCAUAUAGGCAACAAUAUGAACAAAAACGUACUAGUAGCAGCGUUAGUCAUGGAAAUCGUCAUGUCACUUUUCGACAGCGACAAACCUAUCCUUCUCGUCAUCCAUCAAGUGUUAGCGGCAACAGCGUUAUUGUUGAACGUCAUGCGCCAAUUAAUAGUCUUCCAUCGUGA